CUCAGACUGCGCGCUUCACUACAAGCAGAGCAGCUGCUUCUUACAGCUGUUGUUUGGAGAGUCUGGGUUUCUUCUCAGACUCCAGGGUUUGGUGCUUGCAGCUGAAAAAUGUCAAGCUGGAUGUAGUAGCAUGUGGAGGGCGGUUGUUGUUUUGUACCAGCUCCUGGCACUUGUACGGCCUCAGUGGGCUCAGGACGAUGUGUCAACAACUGCACAGAACUGUAGUCUGGACUGUGUCAGACAGGGAGGACCUGGAUGCCAAUACUGCAGGAUAAGCUCGGGUGAUGUGAAGAACUCCAUCAAAGCAUUUGGAAGUUGUAUUCCAUGGCCAUGCUUUGAACUGGUAGGAAAAGAAGACCCGCAAAUCUGUCAGCACUACGUUCACGCACCAAAUGAUGUGGAAGUUGAGUUUGUGGAUGAGCCAAACCCUGACUCCGACACCAUUGUUGUUUCCUGGAAGCCCAGUUACUUUGGAAUUGCCUUCUUGCGAGGCUUUCAGGUGUCCCUCCAGGCUCUGGGAGGCACCGGUGUCGCCUGCCAACUUUUUCUUUUCAAUCGCAACCUCACUCUCCCACCAUCACAUGCUCAUAGGGUGUACAAGUCAGACCCUUUCCCCGGGCUCCCCCUUGGGUCCCAGUAUGCUGUCACUGUCAUGGCUCUACCAGUGCCUGAGGAGUGGGAGAAAUUCUACCGCAGCAGGAUCUUUUCUACACGCACAUGUGCAGAGAAGAACAGUCUGGAGCAAUGUAAAACAGAUUGGUACCCUAAAAAUGUCACGGUGGAGCAGAAAGGGACUAACGUCACUGUGACUUUUAACUUGGCACCUGCAAACCUUGGCAUCAGACGCUACUUCUCACUGUGUUAUGCAAACAGUAGGAAAAUGUACAAAGGCAUAACACCUAAUUUCACGAAAAACAAAACUCACCACAGUUAUCAGCUUCACGGUCUUCAAGAAGGAAUCAAUUACACUUGUGAGAUUGCAGCUGAUGAAAUGGAUGCGGUGAGAAAAAAGUUCAAAGUUUAUGUGACGCACACUCAGAAAGAUGUUUCCUUUACUCCCUCCGUGGACCUGAUUCUUCCUCUGAGCCUGACUGUGGCAGUCCUACUUUCAGCAUUCCUUGCUGCUAUCACCAAAAAGACAUCCACACUGCGGAUGAUAAAACUUGACAUUAAACCAGAUAUUAUAAAGCAAAAUAAAGAGACUCAGGAGGAACUGGUGGCACCGGACAAAAGCAGCUUUACUCCUCCUCGUCUUCUGAUAUGCUACAGCAGCUGUGAUGGCCCUGCUCAUGUCAAUGCUGUCAUGCAGUUAGGAGCCUUCAUUCAGCAGUACAUGGCCACCCAGGUGUGCCUGGACCUGUGGGACUUCCUGAGUGUGGCUGAGGAGGGCAGCAUGGCCUGGUACUGUCGACAGCUCAGAGAGUGCGACUUUGUUUUAGUGAUCUGCUCUCGGGGACUCAAACACAGGUCCGAGCCUCUAGAGCCACAAGGUGACGACGAAGACGAACAAGCAGCCAGAGAACAAAACCUUGACACUAGUGUCCUCAGCUCUAACGCAGCAGUCGAGCUCAUUGGAGCAGAGGUAGGUCGAGCCAAGGCUAGAGGUCAUGACCUGUCCAAAUACAUGGCAGCCAUUUUUGAGUACUCCCAGGAAACGGACAUACCCAUUGAGCUGAGGUUGGUACCUCACUACGUGCUGACAAGUGACUUGCCACUGCUCUUCUCCCACCUCCAUGGAGUGCCUCUGCACAGACCAGGAGGGUUUCUGAAGAUAAACCACAUCACAGAGGAAGGUUUUACAAAGUUACCGGCUGGAGCAGCUUUGCAGGGCUCCAUCCAAGAGGCUAGGAUGGCAAUGCAGGCCAAUAUUUCUGUGAAGGGUGGGAACUAAAGUCAAGCAAUAAAUAUGCCUUAUAGAUAUAGAUAGAUAUACUUGCUGCUCCCAUACCUAGUCCGCUGGAGAAUGACUGGUAUGCAAUCUAUGCGCUAUUUAGCGACAUACAACUACAUCUGCCUCAGUGGGGCAGCAUCAACUGUGCGCUUUUACCUCAUGUUUGUAUGCUACACACUGUGUGUGUGUGUAUGUUUGUGUUGUGUGUGUAAAAUAUGCCCAGAAAUGUGUUAGGUGGUCACCAAAGGUGCAGCUCGUUUUGACAGGCAUUCUCAUUAUGCGUCAUAAUAAAGUUAAUACCAAUUAAAAUGCAAUUCCCUUAAUACCAGAAUACAUUGGUAUGUUUCUGAGUUGCUAUAUACGAAUUUUUUUACCUUCAAGCACCUGAACUUUGCAUGCAUGCGUGUUUAUAGUUAUUUAAUUUUUUUAAUCUUUGAGUCAUCCUGUGUUUCAUAUUAUACGUUUGUGUAAUAUAUAUUCUUAUUCCUUACCAAGCCAAUAAAGUAACAUUUAAAAGUA